GUUAGGUUGCCUUCGAAGCGUCACGAUGAUUUUUAGAAAGGUCAAACGGCGUCGUUUGAAGCGCCAACCCCUCCUUAAUACCCCGACCAGGCUUCGGAAACGAUACGCCUUCAUCAAUCGAAGCUCUUCUGCUCUUCGUUCUACAUUGCUUACCGUCGUCGGAUACCUUCAAGAACUACCACACAUCUCUUUGCCAUGGAGAACACCGGAGCAAGUAGCGGGUUCCAGUACAAGAGAAGAAGAAUUCUAACCCAAACACAAAGGGAGGAGAUGGAGAAUGAAAACCAGAUUUCUGCUGAGGUAACUCCAUCUGUGGAUGGUCAAUCGUUCCUGGAUGCUGCGGAAAUUGAGUCUCUAAAGAGCAUUCUUGUUCCCGACAAGUUUGAGGCAACUGCAGAGUGGUAUUUGAACUUCCAGCCUCUAGAGACCACAAAACACCCUGAGUUGGAUGCAUUUGUGGACAAAUUAGAGUGUAGAGGGGAAGUCCACAUUCCGGUGGAGAGGAAGAGAAAAGCCCGGAAUGUCCCUUCACCAACAAGAGAAGAUUCUGAAGAGCGUAAUGAGCACAUCUCCUCUCCCCAAGAAUCUCAGAGGAGUCAGAGCCUUAGGGAAUCUCCUUCUAGAGUCUCCCAUUCCAACAUCCCAAAUCCAUCGUCUCCUAACCCCGCCAAGCCUUCAUCCAAUACCUUUCAAGAACUCUUUGAUCGAAUGUCAAAGAAAAUUGAUAACAUUGCAGAAGAACAAAGAAAGAGGUUUGAAGUGCUUGAAAAAAAAGUUGAUGCUUUGUCAACUUUAAUAAAUCAAAAGAUUGUGAAUAAGGAGCCAGAGACGACAAUCAUGGGUGAUUGUGAGGAGACUGAGGCACGAAAUCCUUCCCCUGACCAUAAGGUUUCUCCAAAUUGUCCAAUACUUGAUAUUCUCCAAAUUGUUGGGGAAAUUGAACAAGAGCACGAAAAUCAACCUUCAACUCAUUCUGAUUCUGUUCUUAGUUUGGAGAACAGGAAGGCUGAGUCUACCCACGAGACAAUGGGAACAGAAGAUGCUACCUUAAUGAAGCCUCUGCAUGCAAUGGUUGAGCCUAGCCAUGAGGUCAUGGAAACACACGCUGCUGCUUCUAUGAAAACUCAGCAGGACAAGGUUGUUUCUCCCCCGAAGGAAUUGGGAGAAGAGGCUGAAAUUACUGAUGGAAUUGUGUAUGGAAAGAGAGUGAAAAAGAAGUCAGCCAGUUUGAAGUCUCCUUAUACAGCGGACGGGAGGAAGAAAAAGAAAGCCGAUGAGCUCUUAUCUAAGCCGCCAACUAAAUCAGAUCUUUUGGAAUUUAAGAGAUUCAUCGUAAAAGCAAUUAAAGAUGACCGCCCUGUACAAUGCUACCUCGACCAACACAAGGAGAUUCAGGAUUUUGUGAAAACGUUCUGGACUGACCUUAUCACUCCAGAUUUUUUUGUAGCAGAUACUCAUCUGAGUGAGUACCUUUACGUCCUGAGAAGACGUUUAUGCAAUGACGAUGGAGACUCAUGCAUUGCGCCUCUUGAAUUCAACCAUUACGUGAACUCUUAUGCGACUGACCCAGAGUGGCCUGUUUUGUCUGGACCCCUUGAAAAGAUUGUGGAUGGUACAUACAGCGAGGGGCCGGAAGCAUUUAAAACCAAAGCCUGGAAUAAGAACACUAAGUACGUAUAUUAUUUGAAAGGCACGGAGUCACAUUGGUUCUGUAUCAAGGCUGACUUUGAGAGGUGCCGCCUCGUCGUGCUUGACUCCCUUAGGAGGAUAAUUUCAAUUGAGAUGAUGGCUGGUUUGCUGAAGGAUGAUCUUAUGGGGUUUAAAGGCAUUGCUGGAGUUAGAGAAAUCGGCAAGCACGGAUUUGCCGAUUGGAAAUUUGAAUACUGCACAGUACCCCAACAGAUUGAUUGUGACUGCGGCAUCUUCGCGACAGCAUACCAAGCCAUUGUGAUUUCGACCCUUGGUUCAGAAAUUGACUACCCAAUACGAAUUCCUGAUUAUGAUUCUGAUGCAGAUGAUGUUACAGAUGAUGAUGAUGACGUCUUUGUUUGCAAGUUGGAAGAAUCGCACUUUCGGGAGUCAUCCGAGAAUCUGCCCUUAAGUGACGAAUUUUGCGAAGCAAAUGGCUUUGUAGAGGGAAAAACAGAUGUCACUCUCAUAGGACCCAACAUGCAGCCCGUGGUCUGCACACUCAAGAUUGAUUGUAUUGGUGAUGGGUUCCUGAAGAGAAUGUGGCGUUACUUUGUUGAAUCGAAUGGUUUGCGUAUUGGGGACAAGCUUGUGAUGAGGCCGGUGGGGAACAACACCUUUAUGGUGGGAGUUUACCGUCAUCACAGACGGUAAACAAAAAAGUAAUUGAUUGUUGUUUAAUGAACAUUAUCAUUAUCU